AUAACGAAACGUCUUACAAGAACUACAUACGUUCUUUCAAAGCUCUUUGUCUUUCAAAAUGGAGAUUGUUAGAUUCGCCCUCGCCGUUGUUUUUGUACUUUACUCCGUAUCAUCAUCUAACGCGGCAACUGCACCACCGAGCGGUGGUGGCGGAGGAGAUGCUCAGGCAAUGCCGUGUAUACAGAAACUUAUGCCGUGUCAGCCGUUUCUUCACUCGGUGAUUCCACCACCGCCUCCAUCGUGUUGCCUGCCGAUGAAGGCGAUCGUCGCCAACGACGCGACGUGUCUUUGCUCCGUGUUCAACAACGUAGAUAUGCUCAAAUCGCUUAACCUCACUAAAGACAACGCUCUUGAUCUCCCUAAAGCUUGUGGCGCCAACCCUGACAUCUCACUAUGCAAAGCCAGCCCCGCGGGUGGUACUACUACGAAUUCGACGUCGCCGGCAACUCCCAAAACUCCUCCGGUGUCUUCCACUGGAAGCGGUUCCACCGGAGCUUCUCCUUCAACGACCUCACCGACAAGCUCUGCUCCGGCCAUCAACUUCGCCGGACUAAGCUUCGCAUCGACUAUCGUGGCAUUGGCAACGACCCUCUUCUGAUCUACUACUAUAUAUUACAUUUACGUCUUUAUUCAUUGUUAGAUAGGUUUAAUCUGUUCGAAAUUAUAUUUGGUUACGUACUUAAUAUUCAUAUGUUGUGUUCAAAAAGAAAAAAAUAAUAUUCAUAUGUAAUG